CAUUCAUUCUCAAUCCUCAACAAGUCCUCAUGAAAGAAAUAACACAUACUGUGAUCAUUUCAUAAUGACUAGCAGCUGUGUUUGCCUGAUAUUAAAAUGAUGUGACAUAAUGUACCAAUCUGCUUUAUUUGCUGUUGCUGGUUAUAGCCUAAAAUAAACAAUACGACAGUUUACAUAUUUCACCACACUCUUUGUCUACAGAGUGGAAUCACAAGGUUCACACAGCCAAGAUGAAGGCAAAAGUGAGGAUGUUUGUUGUCCUGCUGUGUGUGACUGGCAUCUGUGUGUUGAGAGGAAAUGUUUCAAGAGGGUUUUCAGAAUACUUCAACCAGCUCCAGGACACAAACCCCUGUGCUUGUGACAAAUGCUUAUCAGAAGAUGAUCUGUGGUCUAUGCCGCGUUUCAACACAUCUGUUGAACCAUUUUUGUCAGCGCAAUACAAUCUCUCAGAGGAUGCUUUCAACUGGUGGAAGCGCUUACAGGCUGAAAGCCGCAACUUUAGUACCUAUAAAAAAACAGUGGACAGGCUGUUUGAGAUGUUCCCAUCCAGUCCAGAUGUCAUAAAACCCAGCCCUGACCUCUGCAGGAGUUGCGCUGUGGUGGGGAAUUCUGGUAAUUUGAAGCGAUCACGAUAUGGACCUCUCAUAGAUUUACAUGAUGUCAUCAUAAGAAUUAACCAUGGUCCUACCAAAGGCUUUGAAGCAGAUGUCGGGACCAGAACAACUCAUCAUGUCAUGUAUCCAGAGAGUGCCGUGGACUUGGAUAACAACACUCAUCUUGUGCUGUUUCCAUUCAAGAUACAAGAUCUCGAGUGGCUCAUCAAGGCCUUCUCUACUGGAUUUACUGGAAGGUCAUAUGUGCCAGUUAAGUCAAAUAUCAAAGCUAACAAGGAUUUGGUGAUGGUGAUCAAUCCAGCUUUCAUGAGGUAUGUUUAUGAGACGUGGCUGCAAAAGAAGGGCACUUAUCCAUCCACUGGCUUUAUGACUUUGAUUCUUGGCCUCCAUAUUUGUGACGAGGUCCGUGUGUUCGGUUAUGGAGCAGACAAAAAUGGAAGCUGGAAUCAUUACUGGGAAAAACUCAAAGACACAAAGUUUAAAACCGGAAAACAUCCUGGAAGUCAUGAGUAUGGAAUUAUCGAGGAGCUAGCUGAGCAACAAAAGAUCGAGUUUUUUACAGGGAGGAGAUCUUUCUCUUAGCAUUUAAACUAUUCAUAAACAUAGCAAAUAAUUUAUCAUGCAAAACAAGAAUGAGAAGACUAACUGCCUUGUUGCACACAUUAAAGAGUUAACUGUGAGUGGCUAACCUAUUACUACUGAGGGAAAAGUACAGAACUAAAAAAUGUUUAAUGAAUGUGAAUGAUCCUGUUGUAUGGGGGACCAAUUCUGACAAGGGAAAUAAAUAGAGAAAUAAAUAAAUGCUCAUUAAAUAAAUAAGCAUCCGAUUAAAAAAUAAAGUACAUAAAUAAAUGAAGGCAGUAAUUAAAUUAUACAAUGAGACAAAUGUAUAUAUCUCUUUUCAUUAGCUUCUUCAUUUAUUCAUUCAUUUUAAUCUUCUGUAUCUAUAUAGUUCACCCCAUGAGUCACAGCCCCUCCUCAUUUAUAUAAUGACACAAAUGCAUAGAGAAAUGCAAAAAUGGAUGAAGAGGAUUAAGAAUGGCAAGAAAUUAUGAGAUUCAAAUAAGAAUACCACAUCUUUCUGUGCAACUGAUGAAAGAGUUUAAAAUGAGGCCUUUUAAGCUGUGAUUACACAUGUUUAAACAUAGAGGGGGCUGUUAUACUUUUUGUAAUAAGUGGAAGUCAAGACGUCAUCGCUCCACUGAUGUGGGCAGUGAAGUCAUGGUACAAUAGUCUACCCUUGCAGGUUUAAUUUCAACUCACCAUUAAACAGUAACUUAUUGUCAGCCAACUUCUUUCCCACAGUGUAUCCAUUGACACACAGAUACAGGAAGUUAAGACAUGUUUAAUUUGCAUGGAUUGGAUAUUGCUUUUGAUGCAAAAUCAAUUACAGAACAUGGCAUAAAAAAAACAGACAAACAGUUGUUGGACACUAACUCUCAGUCAGGUGCCAUUGAGCCAUUGCAGAAGAACAGGCUGGAACAUAUCAUACAUGAAUGCGUGUGUGCAUACAAAAGAAUGUACACAUAAUCUCAUUCACACAUAUACGGAAGUUUACAGGGACACAUCCAUUUGUUCUGAGCUGACUGUAAGAAAGGAGUAGGCUUCAGAAAUGACAUCUGAAUUUUCAGAUAAGAGUCUGGAUGAUUUUGGUAGAAGUGGCUCCAAAGUUCCUAAAACCAUUACAACUCAGACAAUGCUGCUUUAAUACAUUGAAUAUGGUCUUAGGCCCAUGAAAGUAUGGACUCAAAGUUGGACUGUCAAAUAAAACGCAUUUAAAUCAGAAUAAGAUCAUACUUAUGACUCUGAUUAUUAUUAUUGUUGACACAAUAAAGGAAAACA